AUGAUCAAACUGCUAAUGAACACAACUGAACACAAAGACCGAUUCCACCCAGAUGUUCCUCAGCAGCAGCAGCGUGCCGUACCAGUGAGCCCUGCUCAGUGUCCCACAAAGAGAUCAGACUGGGGUGGACCGCCCGUCCACAAAUCUUCAUGUGUUUCUGCUGCUGUCACCUGUCCACCUGUCCACCUGUCCACCUGUCACCUGUCCACCUGUCACCUGUCCACCUGUCACCUGUCCACCUGUCAACUGUCCACCUGUCACCUGUCCACCUGUCCACCUGUCCACCUGUCAUCUGUCCACCUAUCCACCUGUCACCUGUCCACCUGUCACCUGUCCACCUGUCCACCUGUCAUCUGUCCACCUGUCCACCUGUCACCUGUCCACCUGUCAACUGUCCACCUGUCAACUGUCCACCUGUCAUCUGUCCACCUGUCAUCUGUCCACCUGUCACCUGUCCACCCGUCACCUGUCCACCUGUCAUCUGUCCACCUGUCACCUGUCCACCUGUCCACCUGUAACCUGUCCACCUGUCACCUGUCCACCUGUCACCUGUCCACCUAUCACCUGUCCACCCGCCCACCUGUCACCUGUCCACCUGUCCACCUGUCCACCUGUCACCUGUCCACCUGUCACCUGUCACCUGUCCACCUGUCAACUGUCCACCUGUCACCUGUCCACCUGUCCACCCGUCAACUGUCCACCUGUCCACCUGUCAACUGUCCACCUGUCCACCUCUCACCUGUCCACCUGUCAACUCUCCACCUGUCACCUGUCCACCUGCCCACCUGUCCACCUGUCCACCUGUCCACCUGUCAUCUGUCCACCUGUCAUCCGUCCACCUGUCACCUGUCCAUCUGUCACCUGUCCACCUGCCCACCUGUCCACCUGUCCACCUGUCACCUGUCCACCUGUCAACUCUCCACCUGUCCACCUGUCCACCUGUCAUCUGUCCACCUGUCACCUGUCCACCUGUCCACCUGUCCAACCAUCAACUGUCCACCUGUCCACCUGUCAACUGUCCACCUGUCCACCUCUCACCUGUCCACCUGUCAACUCUCCACCUGUCACCUGUCCACCUGUCCACCUGUCCACCCGUCAACUGUCCACCUGUCAACUGUCCACCUGUCCACCUCUCACCUGUCCACCUGUCAACUCUCCACCUGUCACCUGUCCACCUGUCAUCUGUCCACCUGUCACCUGUCCAUCUGUCAUCUGUCCACCUGUCACCUGUCCACCUGCCCACCUGUCCACCUGUCCACCUGUCACCUGUCCACCUGUCAACUGUCCAUCUGUCAUCUGUCCACCUGUCACCUGUCCACCUGUCCACCUGUCACCUGUCCACCUGUCAACUGUCCACCUGUCACCUGUCCACCUGUCCACCCGUCAACUGUCCACCUGUCCACCUGUCAACUGUCCACCUGUCCACCUCUCACCUGUCCACCUGUCAACUCUCCACCUGUCACCUGUCCACCUGCCCACCUGUCCACCUGUCAUCUGUCCACCUGUCAUCUGUCCACCUGUCACCUGUCCACCUGUCAACUGUCCACCUGUCACCUGUCCACCUGCCCACCUGUCCACCUGUCCACCUGUCACCUGUCCACCUGUCAACUGUCCACCUGUCCACCUGUCACCUGUCCACCCGUCACCUGUCCACCCGUCACCUGUCCACCUGUCCACCUGUCCGCCUGUACCGUAGCAUGA